AUGAUCGACGAUGAUAUUUUGUUCAUAACCUGUGACUAUCUGUUCAAGCUCCUCCUAAUUGGAGAUUCUGGUGUUGGUAAAUCAUGCCUUCUUCUAAGAUUUGCGGAUGAUUCAUACAUUGAGAGCUACAUCAGCACUAUCGGAGUUGAUUUUAAAAUUCGCACUGUUGAACAGGAUGGAAAGACAAUUAAACUACAGAUUUGGGAUACUGCAGGGCAAGAACGAUUCAGGACAAUAACUAGUAGCUAUUAUCGUGGAGCACAUGGAAUCAUUAUUGUUUAUGAUGUGACAGAUGAAGAUAGCUUCAAUAAUGUGAAGCAGUGGCUCAGUGAAAUUGACCGCUAUGCCAGUGAUAAUGUUAACAAACUUUUGGUUGGAAACAAGAGUGAUCUGACAGCAAAUAGAGUUGUCUCAUAUGACACAGCUAAAGAAUUUGCAGAUCAAAUUGGAAUACCUUUCAUGGAAACAAGUGCAAAAGAUGCUACAAAUGUGGAAGAUGCAUUCAUGGCCAUGUCUGCUUCCAUCAAGAAUAGAAUGGCAAGUCAACCUUCUGCGAACAAUGCAAGGCCUCCAACAGUGCAGAUCAGAGGGCAACCUGUUGGGCAAAAAGGUGGUUGUUGCUCUUCCUAA